AUGUCUCACCUUGCUUCACCAAAGCGCAGAUUGCAAGGAUUAGUCAUCAAAGAGAUACUCCCGGAGGAUGGACAAGGAAAUUGCUUCCUACAUGCCUGCCUGCACUACACUAAAAGCUCUGUGAGGCAAAGACAAGUUGCUCAGCCAGUGGCAAUGAGCAUUGAGCAUCCUGUGUUUCUCACUGCUGGGUUUUUUGCACCCUGGACGAACCAUUUGGUAUCAAGAGCUGUACUACAACCACAUUUCACUGAACUGGAAGCCUCUAGGUGGGAGGAUGAAACCAUGUCUGUACUUCUGUGCAAGGAUCCAGGGAUGCUUGGACCAAAGACCUGGUAUCAAGACCAUCAUGAAUUACAUUGGGCUAAGCUGCCAGAUGAAUCCUUAUGCAGAGCUUAUAUUCAGUUCAGUUUAAUGAAAAUGUGUCAUCAACAGGAGGCCAUGAAAGUUUUGCUGCAAGGAGUGGCUGAGGGCUUGAUCUUACAAGGCUUGUUGCUGACCAUGUGUGACCAAUUAUUUGAAGAUGACACUCCAUUGGAAACUAUUGAUGCUGAAGAAUUAAUGUCUGAUUGGUCCCAUGGGGCUGAAGAGUGCUGUAUUAGAUGGAAAUCCACUUCUUGGCCAAGGAACAUGGUGUGUCAGAAGCUGGAGGCUCCAGCCAUAACCACACUGCAGGAGAUGAGGAAAUGGACCCACAACCUGUGUGCUGACCGCAAAUCUGCGAUGGAAUUGGUUAUAUUGGUAAACACCACAUCUUUCAUGUCCAUUGUAUUUGCAUUUUCAUCUGAGAGAUGCUUCCUGGCUGAAGCUGUUAGAUGGAUGUUACUGACCCUGGCUGCCAAGGUGCCAUCUGUGACAUGGAUAUACAAGGCCUCAUUGAACCAGCUAUUCUGCUUGAUCUGUGGUUUCUCCAAUGCCAAUCUGGAUGCCCUUCAUCUGGAUGAAGAACUGCUUUUAGUUCUGAAGUCAUCUGCCAAGCUAAGGGGCCUACACAAAGAAUUGGCCAAAGGUUUUCAUAAGAAGUUCCACAAAAAUGUGGAUCCAAGUACCCAGGGUUGUCACACAUGCUAUCAUCAGGCCAAAGAUUCCAAGUUGUCAUGCCUUAUCCUGCCAAUGAUCCUGAUCAACUUCUGCCCACGGGAAGGGUUGAGAAAGAUUUCUCGCCAUGCGGAUGUUCUAGCAUGCUGUGGUCAGGACAUCACCCUGUUGGUUGAUGCCAGCUCACCCAAUACCAUGUUGGCAGGAGUUUCCUUUGACACAUUGUCUUAUGAGGACCUUCAGAAGAUCCGUUAUGAAUCCUCUGCUGGAAAGGAAACCAAAGCCAUCAAACAGGGCAGCCAGUUCUGCCGAUUUGAAUGGGGUAAGAUGCAUCCAGUAGGCUCCAGGAAACCUACUGGGGGCAAGCCUGGAGACACCUAUAUGGGCUAUGCUGGUAUGGAAGUGAUGGAUACAUCCCACAUCAGAUUGCUCUUUACUCAUACUGCUCAUGUUGACCAUGAUGCCACUUGGACCAUAGCCCUGCAGACCUACAAAGAGGCCAUGGCUGAUGAGUUCAAUUUCGUCAUGAUGGACCUUGGCUGCUAUGUAGAAACUGCUGAAAAUGCCUUGUGGUGGUUUCAGGGUGGCCACACACAUGGCACCGUGGUUCCUCAGUUGUCAUCCAUGUUAUCUAACAGAAAUUUAUCGCAAGGCAUAGGGGUUACUUUACCCAAAACUUCAUUCCAGGCUGCCCAAACCCAAAGUUCAGCACAUGAUGCAUUUGAAGCCCUGGCUCAAAAAUGGCAGGUGGAUAUCAAGUGA